UGGCAACGUGCCCUCGCUUUCCGUUUUCUUGAAACCCGGAAUCUAACCCGCAACUCAUGUCUGAAGGACCCAGAGCCGCCUGGUCGAAGAGGGGUUGCGGGGAUUCGCAUCGCCGAGAACAAGGGAAACCUAAACAUAGGAAAUGUGAGCGGCCCCUGUACGCACUACCAGUGAAACCUGUGACUGUGCGCCUGGGCUCCAAAAGGUGUGUUAUGUCGGGGGGGGAUGUGGAGGUGUACCUGUCCCAGGUGCAUGAUGGGAGCGUGUCGUCGGGGUUCCGGGCACUGUACGAGGAGCGUCUGCUGCUGGACGUCACACUGCUGAUAGAGGAGCAUCACUUCCAGGCCCACAAGGCCUUGCUGGCCACUCAGAGUGACUACUUCCGGGUCAUGUUCACGGCAGAUAUGAGGGAGAGGGACCAGGACAAGAUCCACAUGAAGGGACUGACCGCCGCGGGAUUCGGCCACGUUCUCCGCUUCAUGUAUUAUGGCUCGCUAGAGCUCAGUAUGCCCACCGUCCAGGAGAUCCUGCAGGCGGCGAUGUAUGUCCAGCUGACAGAGGCAGUGGAGUUCUGCUGCUCUUUCCUCCUGACGAAGAUCUGCCUGGAAAAUUGUGCUGAGGUCAUGCGUCUCCUGGAGGACUUCAGCGUGGGCGUGGAGGGCGUGCAGGAGCAGCUCGACAACUUCCUCCUUGAUAACUUUGUCCCCCUCAUGAGCCGGCCCGACUUCCUGUCCUACCUCAGCUUGGAGAGAUUGCAGGCAUACCUGGAGAGUGAUGCUCUGAGCCGUUUCCCAGAGAUCGAGUUGUACGAGGCGGUCCAGUCCUGGCUGCGACACGACCGUCGCCGUUGGAGACACACUGACACCAUCGUCCAGUCCAUCCGUUUCUGCCUCAUGACUCCAGCCAACAUCUUCGAGAAGGUGAAGACGUCGGAGUUCUAUCGUUACUCCCGGCAGCUGAGACAGGAAGUCGACCAGGCACUCAGCUACUUCCAUGAUGUCAACCAGCAGCCACUAGUGGAGUCACGCUCCAACCGGAUCCGCUCUGUCCGGCCACAGACGGCCGUCUUCAGGGGCAUGAUUGGACACAGCAUGGUCAACAGCAAGAUCCUGCUGCUGCAUCGGCCUAAGGUAUGGUGGGAGCUGGAGGGCCCCCAGGUGCCCCUACGACCUGACUGUCUGGCUAUCGUUAACAAUUUUGCCUUCCUGCUGGGCGGAGAGGAGCUAGGUCCGGACGGGGAGUUCCACGCCUCCUCCAAGGUGUACCGCUAUGACCCCCGGCAGAAUUCUUGGCUCCGGAUGGCCGACAUGUCUGUGCCCAGGUCAGAGUUUGCCGUUGGGGUUAUCGGCAAGUUUAUCUACGCAGUGGCGGGCCGCACGCGCGAUGAGACGUUCUACUCCACGGAGCGUUACGACAUCACGGAGGACCGCUGGGAGUUUGUGGACCCGUACCCGGUCAACAAGUACGGUCACGAGGGGACGGUGCUCAACGGCAAGCUUUACAUCACCGGUGGCAUCACCUCCUCCUCCACCUCCAAGCAAGUGUGCGUGUUCGAUCCGGGGCGGGAGGGUGGAGGCGGGGGAGGAGGAGGAGGAGGAGGAGGGGUGUGUGGGGGAGGCUCAGGUGCGGCGGAAGCCCAUAGGACGCGGGGUGGCCGCAGCCCGCUGCUCCCCGGCACACAUGCCAAUUGCUGGGAGAACAAGUCCAAGAUGAACUACGCCCGCUGCUUCCACAAGAUGAUCUCCCACAACGGGAAGCUGUAUGUAUUUGGGGGCGUGUGUGUUAUCCUGAGGGCUUCCUUCGAGUCCCAGGGCUGCCCGUCCACAGAGGUGUACAACCCAGAGUCGGACGAGUGGACCAUCCUGGCGUCCAUGCCCAUUGGCCGCAGUGGCCACGGGGUGGCAGUGUUGGACAGGCAGAUCAUGGUGCUGGGGGGACUUUGUUACAACGGCCACUACAGUGACUCCAUCCUCACCUUUGACCCCGAGGAGAACAAGUGGAAGGAGGAUGAGUAUCCCAGGAUGCCUUGCAAACUGGACGGUCUGCAGGUGUGCAGUCUGCACUUCCCAGAGUACGUGCUGGAGCACGUCAGACGUUGCAGCUGAGGUCUGCCCCCAAGACCACCCCUCCUUUUUUCAAUUGCACGCAGGGAGAUUAGGUGUCUACAGGUGUGAGACGAACACACUGGUGACACACAGGCUUUUACACUAGAGACCAGCGCUUA